CCUUCGCAUCUGCACCAGCUUACCCCACGUUGCAACACGGCACUUCCGAUCGACCCUCAUGGCCCUCAGUGUCCGAACCUGAGGGUGACAACUGCUGCACCGGCAGCCUGCGAUCGUGGCAACCAUAAAUCACCUCCCGAGGUCCCGCGGUCUGUCAAUGAGACGGAGACAUGGCCGCUCAAUCGACACUACAGCAUCGGGAGGAUCCUCUCAUGGUACUAUACCACUACUAUGUCAACCUCACUCGUGCCCGGAUAAAGCGCUCUUCGAAAGCAGCCAAAACCAUCGCCACUAUCGCUUUAAUUCUCUCGAUCUUGGGAACUGGAUAUGGAGGCUAUAAAUGGUUUCGCGAGAGGUCAAAGGAACAUGCACAGGGCAGGCGGUUUUUACGCCGGAACUCUGGGAUCAGAGGGAAAGAUGGAACUCGGACCAUAUACGUACCUUACAAGGGUUCCAUGACCUCGAAGGUCAAGAUCUACCCAACCAAACCCACGACAUUUGAUGCGCACCGGCGACUGUUUCUAAAUCCUCCUGCUGCCGCCCGCGUCGGGGACGGCGCGUCCAGUAGCCAGACCCCACCGCCGAUGACGAAGCCAGGCCUGAACCUCGCUUUCCUGCAUCAGUUCCUCAGCCUUGGGAGCAUCAUGGUGCCCCGAUGGAGUAGUAAAGAGACGGGUCUUUUGAUGGGUCAUGGCGUUUUCCUGCUUCUACGGACGUACCUCUCUCUAUUGAUUGCACGCCUUGAUGGUGAGAUUGUGCGAGACCUCGUCGCCGGCAAGGGCCGGGCCUUUGCCUGGGGCAUCGUGAAGUGGUGUGGCAUUGGAACACUUGCAUCAUACACCAACGCUAUGAUCAAGUUCCUCCAGUCAAAAGUGUCUAUCGCGUUCCGAACCCGCUUGACGCGGUACAUCCAUGAUCUCUAUCUUACCAACGACAACAACUACUACAAAUUGAUGAACCUGGACGGCAGCAUCGGCCAAGGGGCGGACCAAUUCAUCACCCAAGACCUCACCCAGUUCUGCACUGCAGCGGCAUCACUUUAUUCCUCGAUGGGUAAGCCGAUGGUGGACUUGUUCGUCUUCAACUACCAGCUUUAUCGCUCCUUGGGACCGUUGGCUCUGACUGGAAUCCUCACUGGGUAUUUCAGCACGGCGGCAGUCCUUCGGAGACUCUCACCUCCGUUCGGCAAAUUGAAAGCGGUCGAAGGGAAGAAAGAGGGGGACUUUCGUAGCUUGCAUUCCCGACUCCUCGCGAACGCGGAGGAAGUCUCUUUCUAUGGUGGCGCGGACAUCGAACGCGUGUUUCUGGCAAGAAGCUUCAAAGACCUCCAGCGAUGGAUGGAGGGAAUUUACAGUCUGAAGAUCCGGUACAACAUGCUCGAAGAUGUUAUCCUGAAGUAUGCUUGGUCUGCCUUCGGUUAUCUCGUUACAUCCCUGCCAAUCUUCCUACCUGCGUGGGGCGGAUCGGGCGGCGCCCUGGAGUUGCUCGAUCUACCGGAAGGCACCGGUCGUGAGCGCGACCGCAUGAGAGAAUUUAUCACGAACAAACGCUUGAUGCUGUCGUUAGCGGACGCGGGCGGCCGGAUGAUGUAUAGCAUCAAGGACAUUUCGGAACUGGCUGGGUACACAUCCAGAGUCUACAGCCUCAUCUCCACCCUCCAUAGGGUUCACGCAAAUGCAUACUACCCUCCGCGAGACUCUGGUGCGGAACUAUACUCUCUGGCCGACGUUCAGGGAACCGUCCACAAUGGUUUCGAUGGCGUGCGCCUCGAGCAGGUUCCCAUCGUUGCUCCAUCCCUCUAUCCCCGCGGCGGCGAUGAGCUUCUGGAGUCGCUGUCGUUUGUCGUGCACUCUGGAGACCAUCUCUUGAUCUCCGGACCCAAUGGCGUUGGCAAGUCUGCUAUUGCGCGGGUUGCUGCCGGAGUGUGGCCGGUGUAUCGUGGCUUGGUCAGUCGGCCGCGGGGAUUCGGGCUCGAUGGCAUCAUGUUCCUGCCUCAGCGGCCGUAUCUGAGCGUCGGAACCCUGCGGGAUCAGGUCAUCUACCCCCACUCGGAGAUCGACAUGCACGAGGCCGGAGUGUCAGACGCGAUGCUGCAGAAGAUUCUGGAUGAUGCCCAUCUGGGCUACCUCCCUUCGCGGGAGGGCGGCUGGGACUCACGGAAGGAGUGGAAGGAUGUAUUGAGCGGUGGGGAGAAACAGCGCAUGGCCAUGGCUCGCAUCUAUUACCACGAGCCGCGGUACGCCUUUCUUGAUGAGGGGACCUCUGCGGUCUCAUCCGACGUGGAGGGUCUGCUGUAUGAUCGAGCAAAGGAGCGGGGUAUCACGGUCAUUACGAUCUCCACGCGCGCAUCGUUGAAGAAGUACCACACCUACAGCUUGAACAUUAGCAUUGGCGCGGAAGGAGAACAAUGGGAGCUGGAGAGGAUUGGCACCGCCAAGGAGAAGCUGGGGGUCGAGAAGGAGAUCCAGGAGAUCCGCAAGCGACUGGACAAGGUAGAAGAGUGGAAACGGCGCCGGGAGGAAAUUGAGGAGGAGUUGCGCAAGGUCUGGGUGGAAGAGGGUGAACUUGGCCCUCCGCCUUACAAGACAGGUUCCGAAGCUGUAGAAGCUCAGUGAGAAGGGGCGACUUGAUUGCUUCAAUUUCAAAAUUUGUGAUGCGUUGCGGUACACUAUAUAUUCAUCACCAACGGCUGCAAGGCCAGGGAAGCAACCCGACUAUGCGUCACAUCACCUCACGUAAAGACUAUGAUUACUUGAAUAAGAGAGCAUCCAUUCUGAG